UGUCUAUCUAUGUGCUUGAGUGUAUUUCUCCUUGUGUCUCUGAGUCUCUAUGGCUAUGGGUUUAUUCUACUUCCAUGGAUGCCGUAGGUGCUAGUCAUCUCAAAACUCGUGUGUUUAGGUUUAAACUCGCCAUUUGGCCUAUAACCAACACGCCUUUCUCGUUGCGACUUUUACGUUCAUAUGGUAAUAAGUAUAGAGGCACCUGUAACGUAACCUUUUGUCAGAUCUACUGCUGGACGAAAAUACUCCGUAUGAUACCAGUCUCGUCGGCAGUGUCUGUUUUAAAAGCAGACUCGAAGAUAUAUAUCUACCGACUCCGAUUGUUGAUGCCUCGUGUAUCCCCCGAGAGCCAAGAACCCCGCGGGUUGGUUUUUGUUGCCACGGCGGCUUGAGCACAGCGCUCAAAACGCCAAGUAGUAGUGGGGCCAGCAGCAAGAACGGCACGACGAGGAAAUCUCGAAAGGAACAAAAAAAACCCCUCAGGUCGACACGCACGUAAACAACAGCGUCCGCGAUGGCUCGUCGACGCAACGUAAAUUUGCAAGCGUGCAAAGAAACGCGUGCAGGAAUGUGUCGUGUAGGUCAGGUUGAAUACAUGCCCCGGAUUGAGCAUAGGAAAUAGGUACGAUGGGAUGGAAUUGCUGAAGCUCCUUGUAUACUUAGCCCAGACUUGUUGAAGUUGAUUAUCCUACCUGGUCAUUGUUCACAUUGUACAAAACAAGGUGGUUGGGGUGGUGGAUUAAUUUACCUGGUCAUUGUUCAUGUACCAACCAAGGUGGUUGUGGUAGUUGAUUUUUCUACCUGGUUAUUGUUCAUGUACCAACCAGGGUGGUUGAUUAACCUACCUGGUUCUUGUUGAUAUCUCUACUGAAUUGUUGAUGUAUCUUCUUAGUAGUCGUAGUUAUUGUUACAAGUGUGUAGCACCUAUUUGUGGUUGAUGAUUUUCCCCUCUGGUUUGUUACAUUCUGGAUGAAGACUUCCCCCUGCCCUGCAGGUCUUGGGGUUGUACGGCCGUACAUCACCACGCUGCUCAGUGUGGGUUGGUGAACGUCGCUAGAAUGGCGUGGGAGCAGACGAACACACAGUGCAGGCUCUGUCCGGCGUGACCAGCGCAAAACUGUCGAAGAUGUCGUUCCCACCUCGCCUGGCACGACACCCCAUGCCGGUCAUGCCCCCCAUCCCCAUGCCCCCGGGCAUGCCCCCGCUUCCCCCGGGUAUGGCGAGGGGGCUGCCCCCUCCCCUGCCCCCGGGACUGCCGCCCCCCCACUACGCCGGGUAUCCUCCUCCGGGCAUUCCGCCCCCAGGUACCCCGAUGAUUCCUGUUCCGAUGGGCAUGCUUCCCAGACCGUGGACUGUGCCCUCCCUCCGGCACCAGGUGUUCCUGCCCCGUCGCAUGACGCUGCCGCCCAUGAUGGGCAAGCCUCCAGGGCUGCUGCCAUCCCCAGGGCCGCCGCCGCCUCCGCCCGGAGCAGGGCCGCCCACGAUGUCCGCCGCGGCGGCUCCCCCGGUCCGGCCGCCCGCCUCCUCGCCGGCGCCGCAGCCGCCGCCGUCGUCAUCGUCGUCGUCGUCGUUAUCGUCGUCGUCCGCCCCCCGGAAGGCGGACGAGCCGGCGCCGCCCCCCACGACCGUGUUCGUGGGGAACAUCCCCGACCGCGCGUCGGAGUAUCUCAUCGGGCUGCUGCUCGCCAAAUGCGGCACGGUGCUCAACUGGAAACGGGUCCAGGGACCGUCGGGGAAACUCCAAGCGUUCGGCUUCUGCGAGUACCGUGAGCCGGGCUCCUCGCUUCGCGCACUGAGGCUCCUGCACGACCUGGAGUUGGGCGACCGGCACCUGCUGGUGAAGGUCGACGCCAAGACCAAGGCCCUGCUGGAUGCGUGGAAGGCCCAGCAGCAGGCGUCCACUGCCGCCGCCGCCGCCGCCGCCGCGGAGAAAAGCAGCAGCAGCAACAACGACGAGAAGACGCAGCCGGCGUCCAACCAAGCCCACGAGCAGGAAAAGAAGGCGGCGGGCGAGGAAAAACAGCAGGGGGAACAGCAGCCGCAGGACAAGGAGCGGCAGCAGCAGCAGCAGCAGGAUGAGAAGGACAAGAAGCAGGUGAAGGAGCGGCAGCAGCAGGAAGAGAAAGUGGCGGAGGAGAGCGACGGCAAUGACCUGGACGCGGCGACGCGCCGCGUGGACGAAGCGACGCAGCAGGAGAUCCGCGCCGUCAUCCGCGAGCACGAGAGCCAGCUGUCGGGAGAGUCGGGCGGCGCCGACAACUUCCAGCGUCGCCGGCGCAAGGAGCGCAAGGACGGGGAUCUGGACAACAUGGACAUCGAGGAUGACAAGAAGGACCUCAUUUCGCGCGAAAUCAGCAAAUUCAGAGACACCCACAAGAAACUGGAGGAGGAGAAGGAGAAGAGGGAGAAGGAGCGGCAGGACAUGGACGUCGUCGACCGCGAUCGCCCGGAGGCGAAGAGGGAUCGUGAGGAGCGCGAGGACAGGGAGAAAGAGGAGCGCGAGAGGGAGAGGGAGCGGGAGCGCGAGAGGGAGCGGGAGCGCGAGAGGGAGCGGGAACGCGAGAGGGAGCGCGAGAAGGAGCGGGAGGAGCGGGAGAAGGAGAAGCAGCGCGAGAAGGAGAAACCCCACGUCACCAACCAGGAGCCCAGCCCUGCCAGCGACGAUGGAAGCCGUGACCGCGAGCGUCUGUACGGCUCGCACGAGGAGGAGGACGAGGAGGACUUCUACGUGAGGAAGAGGCUGGAGAAGAGGCUCUGGGAGAAGGAGGCCUCCUACCAGGAGAGGUUAAAGAACUGGGUGGCCCGCGAGAAGAAGCGAUGUAAACUCUACGAGAAGGACGCCAAGAAGGAGCGGAAUCGGAGGAGAGACAUGACCAAGGAAGCGAAGCGUCUGCGCGUGUUCUUCGAGGAGUACGACGAUGACCGGGACGACCCCAAGUACUUCAUGGGCAACGCGCUGGCCAAGCGUCUGUGGGAGCGCGAGAAGGAGCUGGAGUCGGACGAGAGGGACCGCUGGCGCGAGCGCGAGGAGCUGCAGGAGCUGCGGCUCAGGUUCAUCCGCGAGGGUCGGCCCGACCCCGACGGGGACAUCCUCAGGAUCCAGCAGAUGGAGGCGCGGUGGGAGAUGGACGCGAGCACGGAGGGCGGCUCCGAUUCCCCCGCCGAGAACGGCGAGGCCGCCGGCGGCGUGCCGUCGGCGAGCGAGGGCCCGGCGCUCCUCCUGCCGUCCCUGCGGCCGACGCUGCGCCCCGUCAACCUCGCGCCGUCCGUGUCGCCGCACAGCGACGAGGGGGCCGCCAUGGCGGCGGGGCCGGCGGCGGCGUCGUCGUCGCCCGGCAGACGACGGCAACUCGCGGCGGACGGCGGAGCCCAGCAUGCCCACGCACAGGGGCCUCCGUCACGCUUUCCCCAACGGAAGCCCCGGGCCGCUGCCGCACCACUCGUCGUCGCGCUCCCGCAGCGACGUCCGCCACCAACACUACCACCAUCACCACCGCCCUGGCGGCGGCGGCGGCGGCGAGGCGGAGAACAACGACGAGGAGGAGGAGGAGGAGGAAGCUGACGAAGAGAACGACGACUACGAAGACGACAGGGGGGGCGACGAGGACGAUGUCCCGACCACCCGCGCGGACGCCUACCACGCCGGCAGGGGUCGCGGCGGCGCCGCCGCCGGACCCUCGACCGGCGCCGUGCCGUCGCCGAUCGAGCGGCU